AUGGCCAGGCCUCAAGACAAACCUACCUUCCCCACAGUCUACGACGAAGAGGCGGGCGGGUGCGGCUGUUUCCGCCGGUUCUGCUUCGGGUGGGACGACGUCGAGAGCCGUAGCUAUCUGCUGCAAGAGAGGCAAGAAGGAGUGGCCCAUAAAGAAGCCUGGAUUGUGGCACGACUCAAGAAACUGAGGGAGUUGUCGGAGGUCUUGGCGGGGCCGAAAUGGAAGAAUUUGAUCAGAAGAAUAGGGAAGAUUUGCAAGCUCAGAAGACAUAAUAAGUCGACCUUACAGUUCCAGUAUUCGCCCGAGAGCUAUGCACUGAAUUUUGCGGGUGAUGAUGAGGAAGAAGAUGAAAUUAUUUUGCACAGUUUUUCGGUAAGGUUUGCGCCUGGUUUUGCCCUAAAUGAUCAGCACAAGAAACCAGCCCUAUCAUCAUAG